CGCCCGUGCUCCCCCCAUCUCUCGCUCCCUCUCCCGACCAAGCUCUUUUGUCUCGCGCAAACUAGGGUUGAGCGCCGCCGCCGUCCUCCUGGUCGACGGCGAGCUCCCGCCUCUCCGCCGGUCGCACCCAUCCCCGCCUCCCUAUCUCUCCACGGGAGCUCGACCCCGUCGUCCUCUCCCUCCGCGGGAGCUCAGCUACAACGACCGGCCGUCGCAGGACACUGGUCCUAUCCCAUGCCGCCGCCUGGACGCCGCGCUGGAGGCUCUCUCGGCCGCCGGGAGCCGGGACGCGUUCCUCCACAACGCCGUGAUCCCGGGCUUCACUGACUCGGGCCUCCCGGACAGCGCUCUGGCCGCCGUCGGGCGCCUGACUGCUUCACCUUCCCCGUCCUCCUCAAGUGCCGCGCGCGCCCAAGCUCCUCGAGGAUGGCAUGAGGUGCACGAGGUGCGGCAUGACAGAGUCGGGAUUAUCCACUACUCUUGCCGUUUGCUUCCUGAAAUAGGCGUUGAUGCAAGGGCAUGGGCUGGAGGAAGACGCCAAGGUUGGCACCUCUCUUCUUGACAAGUGUGGUGCCAUUGCUUCUGACGAAGGUGUCCGCGAUGAUUGAGGAGGUAGAGGGGAUGCUCGGCAUGCCAAUGGAGCAUCUCUGACGCGCUCCUUGAGCUGGAUCAUGGCCUGCACAGAGACAUCCACUUCAAGCUCAAGAUGCUCGUCAGCUACGUCGACAACCUCCCUCUAGGGUGAAGAAGUCCGGCAAGAAUGAGAAGGCCGACAUGUCAGAGUUCACGGCGCAGUUGGACUCCAUUGGGUUUAAGAUAGUUGAGGUCACUGUGGAUGGCAACUGCUUCCUCAGGGCAAUGGAUGUCCAGCUGGAGGGCGGCAAGGAAUGACAAAUGAAGUACUGGGAGAUGGUCGUGCAGUACAUCAUGGUUGCCCAUGGGCUAUGGCGCUUUCUAAUAAUCCUUGCCGUGUGCAAGUUGCAGAAACACUGCAAGGAGUUUGAGCCAUUCAUCGAGAAUGAGAUGUUAUUGAAUACUGUGACUGAUGAAGAACGGAGUUGCAUCAGGCUUCUGUCACGAGAAGAAACGUUUGCAUUCACAUGGUUGGGCUUGAUCUGAGAAGAGCUCUUGGCUCCCACCUAUCACCGUCCACUACUACAUGAGUAUAUAGAUUGCUGCAUUUAAUUAACACCAGGGUAAGCGUAUAUACUAAGUCGGUCAAGGAUCUUUCCAGUGUGCAUGGCUGCAUGCCUCAAGGUAUGCUUAGGGGACCAUACAAAAGUAUGCCAUGCCUGAUCUUACAGUGUCAAGCUAACACUAUCCACUAGUAGUGGGAAACUUACCAGUGGGUCCACUUUGAUUGCCUAUGGCACUGCAGCUCACCCUUAUUUUGUCACUGGAGAUAAUCUAUACGCUCAGGAUAGGCACCACAAUCGAGACAAUAGUUCAGAUACUUGAGCACUCCCUUUGUUUCACUGUAACCAUUACAUGAUUCAAGCAUCUUCUUUUCUAAACACUUGUCCAUGGAGAUAAUCAUGAGUGUAUUCAAAUGCAAUGUUUCCACUCUAUUUCUACUUUUAGUGUUUUGGAAGAGCUUAAGUGGUCGUAGCAAGUCAUUUUAUAGGGGCAUGUAUCGGUCAUUUCUCUUAGGCUAGUACUUCUUGGUUGGGCAUGGUGGGAUGAUAACAAAUAUAGGGAGGUGAAUUUGAAUAUUACUUUUCAGCUAACCUUUAUAAUCAUUGAUAUGAUCUCUAUGAAAUAAAGCAUCAGAUAGAAGUUUUUAUAAUUAAGUAAAAAGUAAAAGAGUAGUAGUUACUAAAUAGUUGUAGGGUUUAACCUUCAAAUUUUAAGAUGGAAACCCUAAGGAAAAGUCUACUUUGGUGCCUCAACUAUUAUUGCCUCAGUUUAAUUUGCACCGCAGACUCCAAAACUAUGUAAUGUGCACCCUCAGAUAUGAACUUUUUCUGAUUAUAUCCCAGGGAAGUAUUUGAUGUGGUGUGGCAUUUAUGUCAAAGUAUUUUGCCACCUCAUUCUGGAAACAGCCUCUUACAGAAAUGUAGGGAAAGGCUGCGUACUAUAGACCCAAAGUGGUCGGACCCUUCCCCGACCCUGCGCAAGCGGGAGCUACAUGCACCGGGCUGCCCUUUUUUUUUAUUUUGCCACCUCAUUCCCUGUUAGGUGGUUUUGUGUGACAUGGCAUCCAUGUCAAGUUAGGAACACCAGGAACAAACAGAAGCAGACUGAGGUGGGGGUGGGAGAAAAACAGAGGUUUCCAGUUUUUUCCCCAAUAUCUAAUAUGUGGGGUCUACUGCUCGGUGGAGAAAGACUUUUUGCCAGCCAUCUCGCCAAAUAACGCUUGUGAAGCCAAAUUUGGAACAUCCCCAAUAUAAGGAAAAAGCGACAAACUAGUGUGAACUGUACGCAAUUUUGUAAUUUUGCGCUAAGCAAUAGCUGUCACUGGCGUUACAACCUUUUGCUAUAUAAUAGUCACAUCCAUCUCCUUUUGGGACACCGGUCCGGAAGGAAGCCACAGUUCGAAGCUUCGAACCUGGUUGUGAUGGAGGUGGUCUUUGAUGGAGGAGGAGGUGCUGGCGGUGCCAACGACUGGAGGUCUCAAAUCAGGGAAGAGAUUCGCGACUCUCGUAUCUCAGUACUAUCAGAGGCUCUGAUGCAAGCACUGUCACCAGACGAGCCCGAGACAUUGACUGAUCUUCUGAAUGUUGCUGUCAGAUUAGAGAAAAUGAUUUUCGUAGUAGCUAUUAACGAGGUUGAUUAUAAUUUUAAGCUGUAUACGAGAUUGGAUCAUUUAAAGAAUGAUCAUUUUGAGGACAUAUCAUCAGAUAAUCAUUUUGAGGACAUCUCGUUGGAUGAUCAUUUUGAGGACAUCUCGUUGGAUGAUCAUUUUGAGGAAAUUUCAUCAGAUUAUCAAAUGCUUGAACCCUCAACUGCGACGCUUCUGCGAGGAAUUUUUAGUGAUCCACAGAGUCAAAGCAUUCAGGUACAGAGCAACCUCCAGAGGGUGCUAUCAGGUGGUAAUACAAAAGCAACAGCGCCUAUAGGAAAUGAAGAGAAGCCUUGCUGUGAUGACAAUGAUAGGAUUAGCGUCCUUCAUGAGAGCAUACUCCAUUGUAUCAUGUCCUUCAUGCCAGCACAGGACGUCGUACGCACAAGCAUGCUAUUCCGAAGAUCGCCCCCAUUAUGGACUUCAGCGCCAUGCCUUGAUAUCGAUAUUGAUCACUUUGAUAUGGACAGGGUAAAGUUCAACAAGUUUGCAAAAAGUUUGUUUCAGCGGCGGGGUAAUGCUAAUACAUUGGACAAACUCCGCCUUCACUCUUUUGCCAUUGAUGCAGCCAAGUAUUGGAUCGGUGAUGCUAUCAGACUUCAUAAAGUUAAAUCGAUUGAUUUCACUGAAAAUACAAGAUGGGAAGCUUUUUACUUAGAUCCUGAAGCUAUCAGCUUUAGCUCUAAAUAUCUGCAAACUGUGAAGCUCACUAAUGUUAUAAUAGUCACAUCUGUCUUUGAUCAGCUCAGCCGUGAAUGCCAAUCUUUGGAAAAUCUGCAGUUGGCAGACAGCACUCUUUGUUCUCCUGAGAUUUCAUCAAGUUCAUUGAAGACUCUGGAAAUAAUAAACUGCUUAGUUUUGAAUCAUCUUCUAAUUCGUACUGGCAAGCUGGUCUCGCUAUGCUUCAAGGACACUCGAUGCAGCAGGUGCACUCGAAAAUACAUACUUCGAACUACAUCAGCAGUAAUCCUAUGCGAUCUUUCAAACGCCAAGAGCAUAGAACUGCCAACACCAGUGAGACAUGUUGCAUUUGAUAGAAUGACUCCAGGGUGCCCAAUGUUCAUCAGUCUGACAAGUCUCAUUCUUGGUGAAUGGUGUCUUUCCAACAAAUUUGCUCCUCUAGCUUGCUUCCUCGAGCACUCUCCUAGGCUUGAGAAUCUUGAUCUGAAGCUCAAGUUUGGCUGUGAAGAGCAAAAGCAGCCGCUUCAAAUGGCUGAGGGAAUAUCAUUCCAAGCCAAAAGCCUUAAGAAGGUAACGAUCCACUGCGCCGAAGAGGAGGACAGGCUUCCCGUGUUGAAGGCUAUACUGCUUGCCAAUGCAAGGUCUGUCAAGCACAUCGACGUCAAGACGUACUAGGAUGCUGCGCCUAGCGUUCUUCUGCAUAUGGAAUGCAUCUUUGCAUAGCGCUUUCGCUGCGUGACAUGUGUGAGACCCGAUGUAGCUAGAGAUUUGGUUGUUGAAUGUUGUGUUACAUGGACCUGUUAACAUUUACCGCUGUGCGACUUGUGGGAAACUUGCUUGCUACCAUUUAUCUAGGUUGAUCGAUGAACAUUACAACUCA